AAAAUUAAUACCAGGUAAUCAUCGGUAAACUUACAACGUUUGUUAGCUUUUAUGUAAUCCUAAGGUAGUUCUCUAUAUAGAAUUAUUUUUAACGUUUUUUCGACGUUUACUUUAGGAACAAAUUGGAAAAUUUCAUAAACGUUAACAUAUUUAGCAAAGUAUGCAACUAAUGAUAAAAAUAGCACUUCAAACUAGACGCCUUUUUAGGCGUCUCUAGUACGAAGAGAAGACGCCAUUUCUCUAAUUUGACCUAAUUUCUUUAACUAUCAAGUUAUACAAUCGUGAAGAUAGAUAUUGUGAACAUGUGUUUACGUUAAUGUGGCCUUAGCUUGUAGUCGAAAUAAUAUGGAAUUUUUUUCAGCUAUUCAAAAGGAUUAAAUCUUAUCUGAUAAGGACUUGUUAUUUUGAUCAGAUUAUCUUUUAAAGUAGGUAUAUUUUUAAAAUUUUAUACAUAUUUUUCUGAUACAGCAUCACAAAGCAUUUAUUGUCUAUCAUUUACCGAUAGGGCCAUGUAAUGGCGAUGGCAACCAGCUUAAACGAUGAAGUUGACCAAGAAUUAUUAAAAACUGAAAUAAAUCACUAUUCUAACACACCUGAGGAGUAUAGUGAUGAAGAUGAUAAUAAAACUCCUGAAGAAACUGUUGAUGUUGAUGCACAUUGGCUUCACACUGCAGGAUUUUCUGAUAUAGUUUCCCAAUUGACAGAUGGUCAGGAUGUCAAAGAUGAUGAUAUGGAAAAUAUAACUUCUACAUUAACUAGAAAGCAAGCAGACGUUCUUAGGAAACGUGUUAACUCUUUAUCAGCAACUCUAAAGUCAAAAAGUAAAUCUUCUACUCACACGGAUGUACGGGAUAUUUUUCCAGAAAGAGCAGAGGAAACAGAAAUCAAAGAUUUUAGUUCUUUUGAUGAGCGAUCUGUUCAAAUAUCCGGUACACCAAAAAAUUCAAAAAACGACUUACCCACUAUAACGGAUAAUGAAGAAAGUAACUAUCAUAUAAAAUUCGAAAGAAGUAAUUCAAGAAAAGGAGUGUCAGACUUGCCAUAUUGUGAGAUAAAAGAUGAAGAUGUUACUUUAAUAUCAGAUUUAAGCAAGGCUGACGUUUUGAAGCUUCAUAGUUUUGUAUUUAUGGAAUUAACCGCUAUUUUUGACGAUCAUGGACUUAAUAUAACGAAAAAAAAAACAAAAAAGAAAUUUAAGGAAUUCGGAAUAUUUGGAACUUCUCUGCAAACUUUAUAUGACAGAGAUGUUAAGAAACACCCAGAUUUACUUGUACCAUUAAUUUUAAAACAAAUGAUAGGAUUUUUACAACAAAAAGGUUUAAGAGAAGAAGGUAUUUUAAGAGUACCAGGAGCCAUGGCGAGGAUAAAGCAACAUCGUCAAGUGAUAGAAGCAAAGUUUCCCUCAGGUAAUUUUGAUUGGGACCAUUUAGAUGCUAAAUCAAGUGAUGUCGCUGGAUUAUUGAAGCAAUUUUUACGUGAACUACCUCAGCCACUUCUCACAAAUGAAUACAUAGAUGCUUUCAGUCAAGUGGAAGAAAUCAAAGGCGUAGAAGCUCAAGUUCAAGCCUUAAUGAUGCUUUUCAUUCUUCUGCCAGACGUUCACAGAAAUUCUUUAAAGUUAAUUCUCGCUUUUCUGAAAUUGAUAACUGAAAAUGAGGAGAAGAAUCGAAUGAAUUUGCACAACGUGUCAACAAUCAUGGCUCCGAAUUUGUUUUCAACCGGUAAAAGUAAAAGGGAUUCGUCAAAACCUCAAACGUUCCAAUUGCAUGCAGCAACUAAAUGCUUUAAAGUAGUACGAUUAUUAAUACAAUAUGAAAAAGUUUGGGGAAUUGUACCAGGAUUUCUUUUAAAUCAAAUUCGACCCCCUCCUACUAAUAAAGGAUUCAAUAUAAAAAAAUUCUUUGGUCGUAAAGAUAAAAGUCCUAACAAAACUACAGCUUUGGAGGAAGAACGAAAAAAAAAGAAUAGGAUAAAAGUUACUAUGGGGACAUCAGUAAGCAAGGAUAUACAUUUACAUACUGGACUAACUGCUGGUCAGGUAGUCGAGCAGAUUCUUAAAGAGGAAAGUGUACUCAGCGGCUCAAAUCUUGAAGGAUUAAAGGAUAAAUUUCUGUACGAGAAGGGAGGAAAUAUAAACUGUAGGAAGUUAAAUCCAAAUUGUCGAUUAAUGCAAGCUUUUCGAGAUAAUCCAUUCGCUGAUUGGAUUAUUUCCUCAAAGCCACCUGUUAGUUAACUCUGUGUCUUUGGCACGAAAGAUGCUUCAAAUGCUAUCAAAGGGAAUUUUCCAAUGAUGUUAAUUGUCUAUAACAAAAUUAUCUGGAAAAUAAGGAUACAGUCACUUGACUGCUGGCCUCUUGAAACUAGCCUUAAACCCACCAAAAAAGGAUUAUUUUGUUUUAUUAUUUUUCUUAUAACAAUUUUUGGGAGAUUAUUCUUGUGUGGUCAUUGUUGUCUUGUUAUGAUAAGGUUGAAUGCGCUUCGGCUUUUAUUGACAAAAUGGGAAAGAAUUUUGUUUGUUUUUUUUUGUCUGUCUUUAAUUUUUACUCAAACUAAGUUUAAAACCAAAACAAGCAAAAGAAAAAACGUGAAGAUAUUUUAUUUAUAGGAUUAUCAUUGUCAUUGUUUCUAUUUCUCAUUUUUCUUCCGCUUUCAACUAAAUAUCUUUCAUUUAUUUUUUAUUUAAGAUCAUUGAACAUUAAACUUUCACCCUUCGCAUUAUAUUUUAUAAAAUGAAACAUGUAGGAAAUCUAUUCUUGGCUAUUAAACGCUAAACAAAGCUUUACCUGAAUGCUAGCUUUCUGUACAUAUGCAUAUACAUUAUAUUAAUAUCAUAAAUUAUACAUGUAAAGUAUAUGCAUGUAUUUCAGCUUGCAUGUAAAGGUAUUUAUAUAUAAAUUUAUAUAUAUUAUACUGUAUAUCUGUAAGUAUAUUUAUAUAUCCAAUAUCUUUCCCGAAGGGAAAUAACCAGGGUAAUUAUAUAAGAUGAGAUUUUGGAUUUAUAAUGUUAAAAAGAUAUAAUAAAUAGCCUAAGUAUUUGGCCAAUCAAAAUUCAAAUUUUUAAAUUAAAAAUAAAGAACAAGUGAGAAUGCUUUAGUUGAGUGUAAAAUUUAAUUAAACUUUAAUAAGUUAUACGUCCCAGAUUAGGUAAUGAAUUCAAUAUUUAUACAUUAAAACCGAAAUGAAAGAGAUGAAAUUAUUAAAAUUUGAAGUUUGUCAAUAAUAAAAAAUAGGAAAGACGUCUUUUUUCCAGUGUAUUUCCAGCUAAUUUAAAAACUAAAAUUAAAUUGAGCUUGUCAUACGCUCACGUCAUAUUUCUUGGAAAGCUUUAUACCGGAUGGUUAAAAGGAGCUAUUCAUGACAUGUUAGUCAUGACAUAGAAGCAUGCAGGCUAUUUAAAUAAAUUGUUAUUUACACGUUUCUAUCUCGUUCACCUUCACGAAAUAUUUUUUAAUGACGUCAAUUACCCGCUUGAUAAUCAUUCAUUGUCAGUUUUUGACGUCCCAUUACUGUGGCUUUCAUCACGAAGUAAAUCCCUCUCCAAUGACUUAAACUUGUCAGCUAAUAAUGUUUUAUUAUUUAAUAAGUUACCAUUAGAAGGAAUUGAGAAAUGAAAGCUAUUAAUAUCAUUAGUAUUAGAAGUUUUAGAAAACAUUUUAAGGAAUUUUCUAUUUAUAAAUUGUUUAUUUAUUCGAAUUCUUGAAUUAUUAAAGUUUUUCCGAGAAUUGUUCUUAUUAAUUAAUGAAUUAUCUCCAUUUAUAAGUUUACGUUUAUUUCUAUGCUCUCUUUUGGAAGUGUAGUAAGUUAAUUUUGAAUGAUUGUUUUUAUCAUUAACAAAGUAUGUUUCGUUUGAAACAUUCGAUUGUGUAUUAUCAAUCAAUGAGAAAUCAGUUGUUCUAUAUAAUUCUGACUGUCUUUGUGGGUGUAAAUCGGACAAGUAUGCGGUCAGAGACGCACUAUCAAUGUCAGAAUUGUGACUAAUACUUUUUGAAUCGGCACAAUUGGGAUUAUUUAAUUUUUCUAUUGAAUAAUGUACACUUUUUGUAGAAUCUUUAUCGGAAUUCUCUUUUAAUUGUCUAUAAAUAUCAGAUAGACUACAAAGAACAUCUUUUCUUAACAGAAGAUUAAUCUUCAUCAAACGUGUUUUUAUUUCAUCAGAAAUUUGAUACAAGUUAAGAAUAAGAUAAACUGGAUUAGAGCCAUCAAUCCUAUCAAUAUCCACCUCAUAGUCUAGAAUAUUAAAUAUUCUGUUAUUAGCUUCAUCGUCCACCUUAACAACUCUAUUUAUUGUUGGAGAGAAUCCCAAAUUUAGUCUUGUUAAAUUAUAAAAACAUGGUAGCAAGAACAACAGUAAAUAAAGCCAUGUUAUACACAUCGUUGUCGUCAUAAUACCUAUUGCAAUCUUCAUAAAAGCAUUACCAAAUGACCAAUUGACAGCAUGAACAAAGAAUGAUGAUAUUACAAUAGCAAACAUUGAAGGCAUUAUUCGAUUGUAUAAACUGUUCAUCUUUUCUAACAUAGUAGUGCCCUGGAUGCAUCUCAUGGUGUUAACUACUAAAAGAUGCAAUAAGCUGGAUCCUGAAAUAAUAACAGGUAUUGCUAUUAUAUGAGUGACGGUUAUAAAUUCCCUCCACACAAGGAAAAUUGCACUAACGCAGACAGUCGACGACAAAAGUGUACUUAGACUCGUCAAAAGCGUCAUAAUCCAUGGUAAUUUACAUAAAAUUAAGGUCAUACUUAAAAAGAUUAACUGAGCAAGGGAAAUGAAGAAAGGUAAGAAAUGGAACAUUGAUCUCACAUCAAAACAGGAAUCUGAGAAAAAUUCAGUCACUUUAUAUUUCUUCGGUAUUGUCCUUUUUAUAUUUUGCCACUCUUUUAACAAUUCC